CGGAAGUGGGCGGUGCGGGCCUGUGGGAGCGGUUCCGCGGGCGCGAUCAGGCCAAGCUGGAGGCCACCGGGGAGCGGGGCUUGGGGGGUCCCCGAGGCACCGGGGAGAGAGUUUCUGGGGUGCCAGCCGCUUCUGCGGCGGCCACCGGGGAGCGCGGCGGGGAUGGGGUGCCUAGCCGGGUGGCAGCGGGAGCCUCAGCCAUGUUCGCGGGGCUCCAGGACCUGGGCGUGGCCAAUGGCGAGGACCUGAAAGAGACCCUGACCAACUGCACAGAGCCGCUCAAGGCCAUUGAGCAAUUCCAGACAGAGAAUGGCGUGCUGCUGCCCUCCCUGCAGUCGGCCCUGCCCUUCCUGGACUUACAUGGCACACCGCGAUUGGAGUUCCAUCAGUCGGUGUUUGAUGAGCUUCGUGACAAACUGCUGGAACGAGUAUCAGCCAUCGCCUCUGAGGGGAAGGCGGAGGAGAGGUACAAGAAACUGGAAGACCUUCUGGAAAAGAGCUUUUCUCUGGUCAAGAUGCCAUCAUUACAGCCAGUGGUUAUGUGUGUUAUGAAACACCUGCCCAAGGUUCCUGAAAAGAAGCUGAAGCUGGUGAUGGCUGACAAGGAGCUGUACAGAGCGUGUGCCGUGGAGGUGAAGCGGCAGAUCUGGCAGGACAACCAAGCUCUCUUUGGUGAUGAGGUUUCACCGCUGCUGAAGCAAUACAUUCUGGAGAAAGAAAGUGCACUCUUCAGCACAGAGCUCUCUGUCCUGCACAACUUCUUCAGCCCAUCCCCCAAGACCAGGCGCCAGGGUGAGGUGGUGCAGAAGCUGACUCAGAUGGUAGGGAAGAAUGUGAAGCUCUAUGACAUGGUGCUGCAGUUUCUGCGUACACUUUUCCUACGGACCAGGAAUGUGCACUACUGUACACUGCGGGCUGAGCUGCUCAUGUCCCUGCAUGACUUAGACGUCAGUGACAUCUGUACUGUGGACCCCUGCCACAAGUUCACCUGGUGCCUGGACGCCUGCAUCCGAGAGCGGUUUGUGGACAGCAAGAGAGCCCGGGAGCUGCAGGGAUUCCUUGAUGGAGUGAAAAAGGGGCAGGAGCAAGUCUUGGGGGAUUUGUCUAUGAUCCUGUGUGACCCCUUCGCCAUCAACACACUGUCCCUGAGUACCAUCAGGCACUUGCAGGAGCUGGUUAGCCAGGAGAUGCUGCCCAGGGACAGCCCCGAUCUCCUCCUACUACUUAGGCUGCUGGCAUUGGGCCAGGGUGCAUGGGACUUGAUCGACAGCCAAAUCUUCAAGGAACCCAAGAUGGAGGCAGAGCUCAUCACCAAGUUCCUGCCGAUGCUUAUGUCCUUCGUGGUGGAUGACUAUACAUUCAAUGUAGACCAGAAGCUUCCCGCUGAGGAGAAGGCCCCAGUCAUGUACCCUAACACGCUUCCAGAAAGUUUUACCAAGUUUUUGCAGGAGCAGCGCAUGGCUUGUGAGGUCGGGCUGUACUAUGUCCUGCAUAUCACCAAGCAGAGAAACAAGAAUGCACUCCUGCGCCUACUGCCUGGACUUGCUCCUGAAGCCAGAUCUUACAUAGUCCAGGCUGACUUUGAGUUCAUCAUGUAUCCAAGGAUGACAUUGAGCUCUACAUCUUGGACUCCUCCCGGUGCUGAGACUACAGUGGAAACCUUUGGUGACCUGGCCUUUGGUGACAUCUUUCUCCACCUGCUCACGGGGAGCCUGGCACUGCUGGCUGAUGAAUUUGCCCUGGAGGAUUUCUGCAGCAGCCUCUUUGAUGGCUUCUUCCUCACUGCCUCCCCCAGGAAGGAGAAUGUACAUCGCCAUGUGCUGAGGCUCCUCCUCCAUCUGCACCCCAGGGUGGCUCCUUCUAAGCUGGAGGCCUUGCAGAAGGCCCUGGAGCCCACAGGCCAGAGUGGGGAGGCUGUGAAGGAACUCUACUCUCAGCUUGGUGAGAAGCUGGAGCAACUUGACCAUCGGAAGCCCAGCCCUACCCAGGCUGCGGAGACACCGGCGCUGGAGUUGCCCCUUCCUAAUGUGCCUGCCCCAGCUGUACUCUGAGGCUCUGUGGGGCUGUUGCAUAGUGGUUCCCCUCUGGGAGGAGGCCCUAGUCAGCCAGGAGUGCAGGGUGAGCUGAAGGCUGUUUCUUGGCAAGGCACCCCCUCCACUGAGUCACUUCCUGGAGCUGGUCUUGGGAGAUCCUCUGUGGUCUCUUCAUAUGCCCAGGGGGACUUCUGGUUACAUGGUGGGGCUUGGCUCCUGCUUGAACCUAGCAGAGAUGGACAGUGGUUUGUAUUAGGGAAAAGCCAAUUUUCCAAGUGGGCAGAGGCCUGUGUGACCUGACAUUCAGUGUGGAGGUAGCCUAAGGAGAAAGGUGUGCUGGGUUGGCCAGAGCAGAUUUGCUGAGCCUGGUAUCUGAUGCACAGGAGUGGUACCCUCCAGAGAAGCCAGGUGGAGAGUCUACAGGAAGCGAGCCUACUGGUGUCAGGGUUAUAGUCCUUGCUGACUACACUGUUUGGCCUUCGAGUCAGGGAUGGUGGGUGAACACCUUGAGGUUUCCACUUAUGUGAAUAAAAUAUUUUGAUAAA